GGGGAGAGCAGCCUGUUUAAAACAGCCUCAGCUCGUUCACUCAGAGCAGUGCGAGACACAGAGACAGACGCACACAUUCUCUCUCUCUCCCUCUCUCCGCGCACACACACAUGCUCACGCACGCUGACUGCAACUUUCCUCUAUCGGACUGACACAACACACUCGCCGGGAUAGACACGCUCCCCUCGCUACAGUGGAGAAGAGGAUAAGGAGUGACAGAUCAGGAAAAAAAAGAAACGCAGAGAAAGAAAGACAUUUCCAGGUGAAGAGGAGGAUCGUGCUGGCAUUUUGUCCCGUCCAAGGAAGCUCUGUUAAUGCCACUCUAUCGCUAACCGCUGAGCCAAUCUAGCUCCCCGAGCAAAGCGGCCGACUUCAUUACUGCUGCCAGUUCACAAAAAAACAACAUCCAAAAGAGAUGGCCAACCUUGUGACAUCGCUGUGCUGUGUCGUCCUGGCCGCCGUGGUGGUAGCCUACGCUCAGAGACGCAGUCAGCUCGGUGCCAGGAACCAGUACGAGCGGAUGGGCAGCGACGUGACCAUGCAGUGCGGCUCCCUGGACAACGACGCGUCGGUGUCGUGGAAGGUGAACGGGACAGAUGUGAGGGCGCAGCACCGCCUAGAAGGUCCCAGGCUGAUCCUGACCCAGGUGGACCUGGGCCAUAAUGGACUCUACAGCUGCUUCCAGAACCCGCACGGAGAGAGGCGUGACACCAUCCUCCUCCACGUUGGCAUUCCUCCCCGGGAACCUUCAGUCACCUGUCGGUCCAACACCUACCCUAAAGGCUUCUACUGCAGCUGGCACCAGCAGCACACGACGUACAUCCCCACCACCUUUGAAGUAGACGUGCAACACAACCAGCGUGCUCUGGAGGUGCAGAAAGAUGCUGUUCACAAGAACCGCUGCCAUGUACAGUUUCCAGAAGUCUUCUCCAGCCACCCCUACAAAGUGAACGUGACAGCAACGAAUCCCUUGGGGAAAGCGUACACCACUAUCUCCUUUGAAGAGUCCGCUAUAGUAAAACCAGACCCCCCGGAGCGUGUGACAGCGACCCCGAUCAACUCCAACCCUCGAAGGCUGGGAGUAUCCUGGCACAGCCCCGCCACAUGGCCUGACAUAGACAACUUCCCUCUGAAGUACUUCCUUCGAUACCGGCCACUCAUCCAAGAGCAGUGGCAGCAUGUGGAGUUGUCUGACAGCACUGCCCAUACCAUCACCGAUGCCUACGCUGGGAAGGAGUACAUUAUCCAGGUGGCUGCCAAGGACACUGAGAUCGGAACAUGGAGUGACUGGAGCGUCGCUGUCCAUGCUACGCCCUGGAUUGAAGAUCCCCUGCCAAUCACCUCCACAACCGAAGUGGACGUUCCUGCCGAGACUAAGACCUCCCCCAUCCCGUCCUCCAACGCGCCACAGAAGGCUGAACCUCCAGUGGGCAGAGCUGCCAGGGUCAUCGCAUUUUUCUCUCCUUUGCUGUUAGGAAUGCUGCUGCUGUUCAUGUGAUGUCUUAUUCCUGAGGAGUGACGAGAAGCAGGAGGUCGAAGAAGAAAAGGAGGGGGAGGCUGGUAUUUUUUCUAUUUUGCACAUGUUUCGAGGAUACAGUGCAUUGAUCAUUUCUGUCCAUCACGCAGUUACUCACCAAAAUUACGUAGACAUAAAAAUCGAGACGAUGAUGAUGCGGUUCAGCAUUUUUGAUUAAUGGUGACAAAGAAAAUUCUCCAGAGGAACUUUUGAAAAAACGGCAUCACCGGCAGCGGCGGCGGCGACGGGAGCGGCGACACCCACACCACGACAGCAGUGACGACAACAUAAACUGCCUUCUAUCACCCCCCGGUGGCGCAGACGCGCCACGGCAGACUGAUCUGCUCAGUUUGGCUCGGGAAGAAAAAUCCUCAGCCGACAAAAAAAAAAAAAAAAACAUCUCUUUGUUACCUUUUUGUUCUUUUUUUAUUGAUUAGUUGUGUUACUUUCUUCUGAUACCCCGUCUCUGUACACAUAAACACACACACAGCCCACGUGUGUUUGUGUGUACAGACACGUGAGCAACCCCCCUUUUACAGCUUAAUCAUCAUGCCAAAGACUCAACUGCACCUCCCGCCCCCUCCCUCCCCCCGACUAGAUGGUUCCCAAAUUAUUCACUGAGCUUCCUGUGCCUGUCUUCAUCGCGGGUUGAAAACCCACAAACGCUCGAUGGAUACUGGAAUACAAAUCGCACUCGGGAUGAAUCUGAGGAACCCCUGCAGCCCCCCCCCCCCCCCCCCCGUUUGUGUAAAACCCGCCAUUUAACAAAAAGAAAACACAAAUCGGACUGAACCUGCACGCCUCCGACGACGACAACUGGAUGACGCUGAGGAGCCGUUUAUCGAUACGAGGACUAACACUUUGAAGAAUUCAGUAACGGUAGUCUGGCUUAUGUAGACACUUAGCUUUACAUUGUGCUUUCAGCGACUGGCAAGGAGGACCUGGAGAAAAAAAAGUGAAUAAAAAAAAAGAUUUGAGACUGAACAAUUGCCCACACAUUUGUUCCUUUCGGUCGGGUUUUGUAUCGACAGCGACGACGCUGGUUGUUGAAACAAUGAUCACGAGCUCCGUUGGUUUCCCAUUCUGCUCCGUGCUGUAAAAUACAAUAACACAGUUUGCUUUCCAAAAUUUUGACGCCAAGUGUCUUUUUGCAGUUCACGUUUCGAUAGCCAAUAUCAGCAGUUAAUAUUAUGUUAUUCAAAGGAAUAUCGAUGUGUUUAUUGUAUUUUUUUUUCUUUUUUUUUUUUUUCUGGACAAAUAAUAAAAAGACGCAUAUAGGGUUUUAGUUGGGGUUUUAUUUCUGUUUGGUUUUCAGGCAUUCAUAAUGGCUUAAUUCUUCUCGAUCCUAUUUUGUAAACUAUGAUAUGUAACUUUAACAUUGAACAAAAAGUUUAUUAUUUAAUAAUAAUAAUAAUGUAUGUAUUAGCAGUAGAAUGUCGUAACCUGUACCUGGGGUCUUUUUUAUAGAUGUAUAUACAAUGACAGGUUUCAACCAUUAAAUGUGACCAUUUCACAAUGAAUUAUGA